ACUGAUUCUCCUCCCUCAGGGAGCGAGGGCGAAAAAGCCCGGCGCCCACAGGAAAAGCCAUGACUCCUGUGACGCCGGGAGCAGCCGGCCGGCCGAAUGGAGAGCUUACUUCUCUACUCUGAGGGCAGAGCCUGGCGCCCCAGCAGUGUCUCAGGGCCUUUGGGACUGAAUCCGACCGGGACCUUGGUGUCCAAGCAAAGGAAGAUUUCUGUGAUAUGUCUUCAGACCCUGAGAGCUUUAAGCAGCUGUGAAGUGAUGGAGAGUUUGAGUAAGAAUGGUGAUAAGCCAGCUCCACUUUCUUCAGAUUUUGCCAUUUCCCGAGAACACCUUGAAAAGACCAAGUCCCAGGCCUCAGUCACAUUUACGGAUAUGGCUGUGAGAUUCACUCGGAGGGAGUGGGAGCAGCUGGCCCCAGCUCAGAGGGUCCUCUACAGAGACGUGAUGCUGGAGACCUACGGGAACCUGCUUUCUGUGGGGUGUCAGUGCACCAAGCCAGAUGUGAUCUUUAAGUUGGAACAAGGUGGGGAGCCCUGGACGGAGCAGGGAGCACUGCCAAGGAGGGGCUGUCCAGAAAAAUUCUGGAAAGAUGAUGACCUGAUAGAUUGGCAACCGGAAAGUCAGGUGAGUUUUUCUACACAAGUGCCAUCCAUGUAUAGGAAAACACAGACAAAGGUAAUACACAAGAAAUGUAUUAGAAAACAAUUUGGUUUAAGCUCUGAGCUUACUUCAAGUAGUAAACCUCAUAACUGUGACUUACUUGGAAAAAAUUUGAAAGAUAAUUUUGACUUAGUUGUUCAUGAGAGACACUGUGCAAGAAAGAAAUCAUUCAACUGUGAUGGAGAGGCAAAGUCAUUCUGCCAUAUUACAUCCAAUACCGGAGUAAAAACCUGUGAAUGUAAUCAUUGUGUGAAAGCCUUCAGACAGAAAUCACACAUCACUGUGCUUCAUGGAGUUCGGAGUGAGAAUAAACCCUCUGAAAGUAAUGGAUAUGAGGAAAAUUUUCAUGCUAACUCAUUUGUUACUCAAGAAGAGGAAACUUAUAGUAGGGAUAAGUUCUAUGACUGCAGUCAGUGUGGAAAAACGUUCAGCCAGAAGUCGUAUCUCAUUAGACAUCAUAAAACUCACACAGGAGAGAAGCCUUAUGACUGUAAGCAGUGUGGGAAAACCUUUUCUCAGAGUACAUACCUUAUUGCACACCAGAGAGCUCAUACUGGAGAAAAACCUUAUGAGUGUAACCAGUGUGGAAAAAGCUUCACCUAUUAGUCCUCCCUCAUUAGACAUCAUAAAUUUCAUACUGGAGAGAAACCCUAUGAAUCCUUGGAUUGUGGGAAAUCCUACUUUGAGAAAUCACACCUCAUUGUCCAUCAGAGAAUCCAUACAGGAGAAAAACCUUAUGAAUGUAAUGAAUGCGGGAAAGCUUUCACUUCAAUCUCAGUCUUUGUGCAACAUGUGAGAACUCAUACAGGUGAGAAACCCUAUGAAUGUGAUAAAUGUGGGAAGAGAUUCACUACCAGUUCAUAUCUAUUUCUACAUGCUAGGACUCAUACAGGUGAGAAAUGCUACAAAUGUAACGAAUGUGGGAAAGGUUUUCAACAGAAGAUACAACUCACUGUGCAUAAGAGAAUUCAUAGUGGAGAGAAGCCUUAUAAAUGUAAUAAAUGUGGGAAAGCCUACAGGGAUCAUUCAUCCCUUAAUCAUCACAUAAAAAUUCAUAAUGGUGAGAAGCCUUUUAUAUGUAAUGAAUGUGGGAAAUCUUUUACCUAUCAGUCAUUCCUCAUUAAACAUGAGAGAUACCAUACUGGAGAGAAACCCUAUGCAUGUAAGGAAUGUGGGAAAGCAUUCUUCUAUAAUAGGGAACUUACUGUACAUCAAAGACAUCAUACUGGGGAAAAGCCCUAUCGAUGUACUGAAUGUGGCAAAGCCUUCACUACCAGCUCAUGCCUUAGGCUCCAUGUGAGAACCCACACAGGAGAGAAGCCAUACCAAUGUAAUCAGUGUGGAAAAUCCUUCUCUCAGAAUGGACAGCUCACCACACACUGGAGAACGCAUGCUCAAGAAAGAAGUCUUUAACAUGGGAAUUUGUGAAAACACCUGAACAUUAAACUUACAGCAUGAUAGAUACAGGUUCCAGACCUACUUGCCAAGCUUUUUCUAGAGAAAUUACAGAUUUUUAAUUACAAGUAAGUCUUCUAUUCAGGUAAUAUUUUUUAACUAGAGAAGCUUUUUAAUUUAAUGUAAGUUAUCAUGAAACGGAGCCCUGGUGGCACCAGUGGUUAAACGUUCAGCUGUUAACCAAGAGGUCGGCAGUUAGAAUCCACCAACCAGUCCUUCAAAACCCUAUGGGGCAGCUCUACUCUGUCCUAUAGGGUUGCUAUGAGUUGGAAUCAACUCAAUGGUAACAGGUGUUAUGAACUACUGUGCCUGAUUUCUACCGCCUUAGCCUCAUGUAUUAUUUCACAAAAAAAAAAAUUUUGGUAGAACUAAUACCUUCAUGUGAGGGUCAUAUUAUUCAGAAAUAAUACAGUAACCUGUGAAAGACUUAUAUUUUGUGAGGAAUGGAUAUGGCGGAAUGUUUUCCUGUGGUGAAAAUUUCUAUAUGAUUAACUUAUGCGUUGGUACUGACUUAGUUGUCUAAAACAGAUGUGUGUGUGUAUGUGUGUCUGUUUCCUUGAGGUGUAUCACAAAAUGAUUUCCGCCUGCACCUGGAAAUAUGCAAGUUAUAAUUAACCUUUCUAAAAUACAUGAAUUUGUGCAUAGCUAACCUACAUUUUUAUCAAUACCUCUGUAUAAUAUUACUAAUUUAAAAUACUCUAAUACUUUUUUAAAUAAAGCAACAUUCAGAAACAGAAGUGAAUUGUGCCUUAAUUUAUGAAGUUCUAUUUUUAAUCUCAGAGAUAAGAUCACAUAUUAAAAUAAUGAAAAGCAACCACCAUACAGCCAUGGUUUUCUCUGAUUCUUUUAAUUUUUAAAACAGGCCUGCAUGUUUGAAUCCUAAAUGAAUGAGACUUUUUGAAUAAACAGAACUCUAAUACCUGUAUGGAUCUUGUUGUCCUUUUUUUUUUGGAGGCAAUAUACUCAUUCCAGUUACGCAGUUACCAAAAUAUUUUUUAAUUUGGUUUUGGAAUUCUGCUCAGAGUCUGCUUAUUACUUGGAGAAGAAAUGUUACAGUCACAGGAAUCAUUUCUCCUUCCUUCCAUCCCUUACUGUGUUCAGUGAAUUUAGCCUUUGUAUCUUGCUAUCUAAAGCUUCUCUCCCUGCCCUGCCCUUGUGAACAAUCACCUGAGAAAAUGACAAGUGCACUAAAGAGCGGCUGAUUUAUGUGGGUCUGCCUGGAACGUGCCCAGUUUUAACACCGAAAGUCGUGCGGUCUCAGAAACUCUUCGUUUCCUGGCAAACUGGCACUGUUGGUCACCCUAACUUGAAGUAACCAUGUGAGGACUUCCUGAGGGGGGAAUGUGAGCCCCCUCCAAAGAGAGUGUCUUAGUCAUCUAGUGCUGCUGUAACAGAAAUACCACAAGUGGAUGGCUUUAACAAAGAGAAGUUUAUUUCCUCACAGUAAAGUAGGUUACAAGUCCAAAUUCAGGGUAUCAGCUCCAGGGGAAGGCAUUCUGUCUUUGUCAGCUCUGGAGGAAGGUCCUUGUCUUCAAUCUUCCCACGGUUGAGGAGCUUCUCAGGUGCAGAGACCCCAGGUCCAAAGGAUGCGCGCUGCUCCUGGUACUGCUUUCUUGGUGUUGUGAGGUCCCCAAAUCUCUGCUUGCUUCCCUUUUAAUCUCUUGAGAGAGAAAAGGUGGUGCAGGCCACAUGCCAGGGAAACUCCCUUUAUGCUGGAUCAGGUUGGUGACCUGAGUAAGGGUGGUGUUACAAUCUCAUCCUCUUAACAUAAAAUUACAAUCACAAAAAGGAAGACAGCCACACGAUACUGGGAAUCAUGGCUUAACCAAGUUGACACAUAUUUUGGGGGGGGACACAAUUCAAUCCAUGACAGAGAUUGUUUGGUUAGGUUACCUCAGAAUUUCUCAAGAGGUAUUUGUUUUUCAUCUUAAACACAAGUGUAUCUGUUUUUCAUCUUAAAAGGAAACAAAAUGCCAUUGGUAGAAUUGACUGAAUGCUAGCCAAGUGUACUAUUGAGUUGAAAUCCUUACAGAGACUCUACCGUGAAAGAUAAGGAUUUUUUCUGGUUCUUUAUCAGCCAUGGUCUGGGGUGGGAGGAAAUGGCAUACCGUAAUUAGAAUAAUUUAAGAAAAAUUUAAUGAACUAUUAACAAAUAUGCCAGGGUGGUAGGAAAGCCCAUGUAUUAGUGCAAAACUAAGGCUAGUAAGAGUGAGGUGGUUACCAUCCCUGGGCUUGCUGGAGUGACGGAAGAGCAGUUACAGGAUCCCAGCAAGAGAAAAAGAAGCAUAUGGACAGGACCUCUCAAGUGAGCUCUGAUUUCGGAUGGAGGCUUGCAUUCAGUAUACAGCAACUGCAGUCAGGGAGUUGGAAUCAGUACAGUGGCCUCCUUCCUCUCCCAACUGCCGGGUUGCUGAAGUUCCCCAUUAGCCAAAGCCAGAGUGCAAGGGAGUCUGUGUUGCCUCAUACAAGGAGCCUGGAGCCUGAAACAUGUGAAAGUCAUCUGCUGUUUACAAGCUCUGAGACAUUGUGGAAUUGCCUCUACCCAUGAUUCCUAAAGGUCACAGCUAUGAAAACCUUAUGGAGGGCACAGUUCUACUCUGCACACGUGGGAUUGCCAUGAGUCAGAAUCAACUCGAUGGAAACUUUUUUUAAAAAACUAGUCACAUAGGAUGCCCUACUUCUAAUUAGCCCACCUGCAGCUCCCCAUCCCAACAACCUACAAUCGGCAUAUCUGAAGCCUGCAGUUUUUUCCACUAUAAAGCUUUCCAAUUCCCUUCUUGCCUUUGAGUUCCUGCCAAACACAGGUGAUGAUGGCUGACUUCCUUGCUGUAGCAAGCUCUGAAUAAAUAGUGCUUCUCAUUUAGGAGCCUUGGUGGUACAGUGGCUAAUCAUUCAACUGCUAACUGAAAAGUCGGCGGUUCGAGCCCACCACCUGCUCCUCCAGAGAAAAGACCUGGCCUAGGAAACCCUAUGGGUUUCUACUCUGCUCUAGAGGGUUGCUAUGAGUCAGAAACAACUCGCCGGCACACAACAACACUUCUCAUUUAGGUCCCUGGGUGGCGCAAAUGAUUGAGCAUUUGAACGCUAGCCAUAAAAGUUGGUGGUUUGAACCCAUCCUGAUGUGCCUUGAAAGACAGGCCUGAUGAUGUGCUUCUUAAAGGUCACACCUUGAAAAUGCUAUGGAGCAGUUCCACUGUGCACACAUGGGGUCACCAUGAGUUGAAAUCCACUCCACAGGAACUAACAACUAACAACAGCUUCUCG